GAGGCCAUUACUUAGGGUUUUGACUGGGCAGAGUUGCUCUUCGAAUUCCUAAUUUUCAAGAAUCAGCAUGGCCUCGUCUUCGAAACCCAUUCCUUUUAUCGAGGAAAAUUAUGGGCUCGCAUUCCACCAAUCAAUGCAACAACUCGUAGAUGAAAUACACAAAGAAACAUUAAAUUUGUCUCAUUUCAUCAAUGUAUUCUACCGAUUAAUGCAAUCGAAAGUUGAUCCUCCUAUAGAAACGAUCUGGAUCUACUCUGCUUUGUCCUUCAGGAGCCGAAAAAAAGCAAACCAGGAUCUUUCAGAUCAUAUUCUGAUUGUAAAGGAACUGUUUCAACUUAUUUCGAGAUGCUCAGGUCCGUGUAGUGCUUCGAAAAGCAUAGCAUUGCUAGCUCCUGUUGUUUUCCAAGUUUAUAAUUUGGUUGUUGAGUUAUUGGGCAAAGAUUUGGGAGCUAGGAGAGUGAAGAAAGCUGCUAAGGAGGCCAAGUCUUUGAUUGGGGAGAUUAUUGGAUAUGUAAGUGUGUGUUGUGGUAAGGAUGUCAGUAAGGAAAGUGAUUCAAAUUUGAGUGUAUCGUUUUUAGAUUUGGCUAGUCUCUGGAUUGAUGGGAACGACGGCUUGAAGGGUUUUUUACCUCUCACGAGUGAUGAGAUAUAUAAAGAGAUUAGUGUUGGAGGGUCAACAGUUGCAAACUUGGCUGGAGUUGUUAUUUCUGAGGUUUUCUUGUUGAAGCUAUGCUUGGAUUUACGAAUAGGGAAUCGAGGGGAAGCGCUGGAGAAGGAACUGAGAAGUUGGAUUGUUGGCUCAAUAACUGGGUUACAGAGCUUCUACUUCUUCGAGACUCUUGUGAGGAUGCUGUUGGAGCCAGCCUUGCCUGUGACUUCACUAUUGGAAAUGCUGAAGGAUGUAGUGAGAACUAAAACUUAUCAAAAUGUUAUUUAUCAGAAUAAGUUUCUAUUUAAGAAUAAAAUAGUACUUGAUGUUGGCGCUGGAACUGGAAUUCUGUCCCUAUUUUGUGCAAAAGCUGGGGCUGCACAUGUUUAUGCGGUUGAGUGCUCAGACAUGGCUGACAUGGCAAAAGAAAUAGUUGAAUCAAAUGGUUUUUCAGAAGUUGUAACGGUUUUGAAGGGAAAGAUUGAAGAAAUUGAGCUACCAGUUGCUAAAGUAGAUAUUAUAAUUUCAGAGUGAAUGGGAUAUUUUCUAUUGUAUGAAAAUAUGUUAAACACGGUCCUCUAUGCACGAGAUAAAUGGCUUGUCAGUGAUGGAAUUCUUCUACCAGACAAAGCUUUCCUUUAUUUGACAGCCAUUGAGGAUGCAGACUACAAAGAAGAUAAGAUUGAAUUUUGGAAUAAUGUGUAUGGCUUUAACAUGAGUUGCACCAAGAAGCAAGCCAUCAUGGAACCUCUUGUUGAUACUGUUGAUCAGAAACAAAUUGUCACAGACUGCCAGCUCCUCAAGAUUAUGGAUAUCUCUCAAAUGGUUUCUGGGGACGCUUCCUUCACAGUUCCUUUUAAGCUUGUGGCUGAGCGGGAUGAUUACAUCCAUGCCUUGGUGGCCUACUUUGAUGUGUCAUUUACCAAAUGUCGCAAGUUAAUGGGCUUCUCUACAGGGCCAAGAUCACGGGCUACACACUGGAAGCAAACAAUUCUGUACCUAGAAGAUGUGUUAACUAUAUGUGAAGGGGAAGUCUUAUCUGGGAACAUGACUGUCGCACCGGACCAAAAAAAUCCUCGCGACAUUGAUAUAAUGAUCAAAUAUGCAUUGAAUGGGCAGCGGUGUGUGGUCUCAAGAACUCAAUAUUAUAAGAUGCGGUGAAGUAAUCUACAUGUUAUUCAAAAUUCAAAGCAGUAGUGGCAAAGGUGAUGCUUAACCACAACUUCUAUCUAGUAAGUUGCUUUCUAUUUGGGAGCUGAGUGUAUUUCUCAUUUCUCUCUGUUCAAGAAUUGAGAGAGUUAUGGGCUUGGCUUCCCUUACAUGUAUUUUGCCUGCAAUUUUUGGCAAUCCCCUUUUACGUAUUUGCAAAGGGGAAUGAGAAUCUAACGCUGAAAUUUUGAGUUUUAAUUUUUCAGGACCUUAAUUGUAUUGUUUUAAGUGGUUGGAAAUUGAAUCUUAUUUCUUCAGUGUACACCUUAUGUCCCCUAUGAUUUGCAAGAAAUUACUUUUCAGGCGAUUCCGUUCAUAGUGAGCGGGGUUUAGGUCGUCUCAAAAUUAGUCUUCCAACUUUAUUUCUGUAAUCAAUUAGAAUCUUAUUAUUAUUAUUGUUGGUAUUAUUAAUUUCUUUC